AGAGAGAAGACAAAUGGAAACAAGCUAAGCAGGCUUCUCAUCGAUGGCGGAACAACAGUGCUGAGGAAUAUUUUCGAUUCCCAUCACCCUCCUGCCAACUUGGCUGCUAAUCUUAGUUCCACACAUAUUCAUUCCAUUCUUACUAGACUUCGGCAUAGAAAAAUUCUGAAUGGUAGUCAAUGGGACAAACUGUUUCCACCACCAGGUGGAGGGACACCAAACUCUUUUAACUUUGAUAUCACUCUUCUUUUCCUUCUACUAACCAACAUUUGUGGUUUAUCCCCUCCAGCAUCAGGCUGGCAUGCUAAGCCAUCCCCUGGUGACAACUCUCUUGAGGCUAACCUUGCUCGCGUUAAGUUCUUUCGGAAUAAGCUAUAUGGUCACGUGACUUCCACCGGUGUAGAUGCGACAUCUUUCUCCUCCUUCUGGCAAGAAAUAAGCACGGCUCUUCAAAUUCUCGGUUUAGAUCAAGCAGAAAUUGACAGACUGAAGGCAGAGCAGGGUGGAGAGCAAGAUUACCUUGAUGUCUUAAUUGAGUGGGCUGACAGUGAACAGGAAAUAAUAACACAGCUGACGGAUAUCCGCCAGACGCAACGAAGACUCUGUAAAACAGUUGAAGAUAGCACUUUAAAGAUGGAAGUGAAACAGGAAGUAAAAAGCUUGACGCAAGCAGAUGAGCAGGCAGAUGAGGUGCUGAGAACUCUUGUCAAGUCCGAAUUCAAAGGAGACAUAGAAUUUCAUGCAAAGAAAUUCCAGGAAGGAACUCGUGAGUGGAUCUUCAAAAGUAUUGAAAACUGGUUAGACGACCAGAGCUCGCCACAUCGGGUGAUGGUAAUCAGUGGAAAUCCAGGGAUGGGAAAGACUGUUAUCUCCGCUGUUGUUUCGCAAAGAAUGCAAAGUGCUGGAAGAUUGUCAGGAAGCCACUUUUGUCAGCAUGACAACUCACGGUAUCGAGAUCCACGUUUAAUGCUCCAGUCUUUGGCCUGUCACUUGUGUCAAGCGAUACCAAAUUACAAAGAUGCCCUUGUGGAACAGCUGUCAAGAAAUCAGGGUAAAGACCUCAACAACAUGGAUGUAAAAGAGCUUUUUGCGUUGCUGUUCAAAGAGCCUCUAAGCACAGUACAAGAUCCUGGAAGAAACACCCUAAUAGUCAUAGAUGGCCUUGAUGAAAGCGAGUACCAAGGACACAAUGAGCUUCUACAUGUAAUCAGUAACCACUUUUCUAUGCUUCCUCAAACCUAA